CUUCACUAUUUUAGUGCACUUUGCCACUUUGCAUAAGUACCUGCAGGCAUCAAGAACACUCGUCGCUCAAGCUCGCUCAUACUUUAUUUGCAACACCUAACUCGAGGGCACUUAAACUUGUUCUCUUCAUCCUGGAGCUGUAAAGAAAUGACGUUCUUUGUUGCUUUGGAUUAUGCUGUUCUGGGAGCUGUUCUUUGCAUUUCAGCGGGGAUUGGCAUUUAUUAUAGAUUCUCUGGUGGCAAGCAGAAGACCAAUCAGGAGUAUUUGCUCGGAGGUCGUAGUCAGGGAAUUGUACCAGUUGCUUUCUCUAUAAUGGCUAGUUUCAUGUCUGCAAUCACACUACUUGGUACAAGUGCUGAAAUCUACAGCCAUGGUUUUAUUUUUGUGACGAUCAACUUUACCUAUAUUGCAGCGAUACCAAUCAUUACCAACUUUUACAUGCCUGUCUUCUUCAAUUUAGGAUAUGUCUCUGUUUAUGAGUAUCUUGAAAAACGGUUUGGAACAGCAACAAGAUUGGCAUGUUCGCUAGUGUUUAUCUUACAAGGUGUACUUUACAUGGGAGUUGUUUUGUACGCCCCAGCUUUGGCAUUGGAAGCUGUGUCUGGUAUGUCUCAGUCAAGUGCAAUACUAAUCGUUGGGUUUGUAUGUAUUUUUUACUCAACGAUUGGUGGCAUUAAAGCUGUAAUCAUGACAGAUGUGUUUCAGUCCUUACUAAUGUACGCUGCUUUAUUCUGUGUCAUUGGCGUCUCUUUAGUAAAUGCGCAUGGUAUCAGUGAUAUAUGGAAGGUGGCAGAAGAAAAUGGACGAAUCAAUCUUUUAAAUUUCAAUCUAGAUCCAACGGAGCGCCAUAGUUUGUUUUCUAUUUUUAUUGGCGGAGUGUUCAUCUUCAUAUCUUUGUUUGGAGUGAACCAAAUUCAAGUACAGCGAUACCUUACAACAAAAGAUUUGGGAGCAGCAUCAAGAAGUUUGUGGCUAGCGUUACCCUUGUUAAGCUUUUUAGAAGUUUCUGCCUGUCUCUGUGGACUUUGUCUCCUCUACAAAUAUCAUGAUUGCGAUCCCAUCAGGACUGGCAGAGUGAAGUCGAAUGACCAACUGAUGCCAUUAUUUGUCCUUGAUACAAUGGGUCGAUAUCCUGGACUCCCGGGACUGUUCGUGGCUGGUAUGUUCAGUGCAGCUUUGAGUACGAUAUCUGGAGCCAUCAAUUCUCUAGCCGCAGUAACACUUGAAGAUUAUAUCAGGCCUCUUCACUCAUAUCUCACCUCGGAUACUAUGGAACACAGAAGAAGUGUCCUUCUCUCAAAAAUAUUAGCUCUUGCCUAUGGUUGUAUAUGCAUUGGCAUCGCUUUUCUUUCUAAGUACCUAGGCAGCGUUUUGCAAGCUGCGUUUACAAUUUUUGGUGUCGUUGGAGGACCAUUACUCGCUGUGUUCACUCUAGGAGUGCUGGCUCCCCUGUGUAAUGAAAAGGGAGCCCUUGCAGGACUGUUUUGUGGUCUUAUAUUUUCUGCAUGGCUUGGGUUUGGUGGCCCUAAACCAGCAGUACCCAAUCUACCGACCAGCCUUGAUGGAUGCUCUCACCAACAACAGCUUUAUUUUAACGGAACAACAAAUUUUAAGAGUGAAGAAGACAGCACUGAAUUUUCCUACCUUUAUCGCAUCAGUUAUAUGUACUAUGUCUUAUUAGGUUUCUUAACAACAUUUUUGGUUGGUAUAAUUGUCAGUUGCUUCACAAAACGCAACAACAAACUUAAUCCAGCAUUGUAUUCGCCCUGUCUCUUCAAGUACAUGCAGAAAAAGUAUGACGCUCAGCUAAGAUUGAAUCCGUCUGGAGAUCAGUUCAAGAUGAUGAUUAACUCAAAACCAACAUCAUGCAGCAUCGAACACGAAACAUGAAGUGUUGUUUUUGCCAGGAAAGCAAUGGCACCAGCAGCAAUCUUUUUGCCGGCUGCAUCUUAAAAAUCUCACAAUUCAUCUUCUCUCUUUAUUUUCUACUUUCUGGAGGAUCAUUUUCAGAUCAGGAUUUUAGUAACUGAAGACGUUUGGAAUUUUUGAAUUUUGUCUCAGGAUUCUAAGGCUGAGAUUUUACUACUACUUAGUUUAUAUCUAUUAUUAGUUGUAAGAAACUAUUUGAGCUGUGAUUACCUUUCAUUACAAGAAAGGGGGUGGGAUAAAUGUUUCUGAUAAGAUCUACAUAGAGGGAAAAAGUUGAAGUACAUAUUGCGGUUUCGGCAUUUUGGCAAUUAUAAUUUUUAUAUUAAAUAUCGACUGAACGGAAGAGGGGAAUAUCUUGGCUCAUAUUGACCCCAAAAUAUUAUGAUAAAAAAGUAUUACUUUGAAAGAUUAACCUCUUGCUGGAAAGUUUAGUAUUGGAAAGAAAGAAGGGGUGUUGAUAAGGGCCGAUUUUGCCCCCCCCCC